AUGAACAGAAAAAAACUGAAAUGGAAGAGGAAGGUAAAUACCUUCCUAAGAAGCAGCAUCACAAAACAAUUAAAAGAAAAAGAAAAAAAGCUGCCCAGCAAGAAUUCCAAAAGGGACGACAACAAGGCUUACGGAACCAAGAAAAUAGAUUAUUCAGUAAUGCAGCAACUCAGGGAACUGAAUGUCUUUCAGAAAACUACAUUUCAGCAUCUCAUAUGCCUGUCUUUGAUCUUGAGCUGAAAAGAUUCAGCAGUCAUCCAGCAAAUCAAAAGCUUAAUAAAAGUAAAGAGCAAAAUUACACCGCCGCUCAGCAUGCAGAUCUUUCAGAAGUGAAAAAUGAAGUCAACUUCCAUUACAGGAGCUCUGAUGAACUUUCUGGACAGAUGGAAAGCAACAAAUAUGUGUCAGGGACUAGGUGUUUCAGACGAUCACUACAGUCCUUUGAGACUGAAGACAAAACUUGCAUGCACAGCAUACUGUCUUCAUUUCAGAACAAGAGUCGUUGUUCGUUCAGUGUGUCUGCAUUUACUGAAGCAGCAGCAAAGAGGGACAGUAAUGAGACUUCUCAUUCAGAAGUUUAUAAGCCUACAGCAAAAACUCAAGCCACAAGGCAGAAUGAAGUCAUUGAUUCUGAUGACGAUGAUUAUACAAGGCCAGAUGAAGCCACACGUGCCAUCAUUGCAGUGGCUUUUGCUCCUUCAAGUUACUCCACACAUGGUCUUUCAAGACCAGCAACUCCUGAAGAAGAUUUGCCGAGAUACUAUGAUCUUAUUGAGCGAUCUAUCGACCCUUCAGUAGUUACUCCUCUUAGUGAUGAAUGGCUAGAGGGAAUCUAUUCUUAUAUCCCAGCACAGCUGUGCAUUGUGCAGAGCAAAGCCCUUCAGGAUUUAACACAGGAGAUUAGACGUAUUUAUGUAGAUGCCGUGAAGAAAUCAAUACUGGACUACAUACUGCUAGAGCCUACUGAACAGAAGAGGCUUGGAGUUGUGUUGCCUGCCAAGCCUUCAAACCCAACUGGAAGGGAAAGAUUUCCUUGGCAUGAAAGUGUUAAAAAGGCAAGGAUGACACUUAACAGCACCCUUUAUAUCACUCACCCCAUUAUGUUGACUAUACUCAACAGCUUCCAUAGCAAGUACAAAUCAUUUAGACUGAUCAACCUUAAGGAACUCAUUCGAAUGUUACCUCUGACCCUUGAUCAACUUGUUAAACAUAUCACUGAUGUCACAGAGAAGAAAGCUGCCCAACUACAGUCACAGUGGUUGAAAGAAUGCUGCAGUAUUAUAAAUGAAAACAGGGACUCUAUUGAAUCUUGGAUGCCCCAGGAUGAUGAGGUUCAGCGAAUGAAGAGAAUGGAUCAUUUCUUUGCCAGUGUGGCAACGCUCAUGGCCAACUUAUUCAGAAUAAUCACAGAGGAAACACUUGGUGACCUAGUUAAUAUGUUCGAAGAAUACAAAAAAGGAAAUGGCUACAAUGGGGAUUAUCCAGAAAGCACUCUGGGGCUUCCUGUUACACCUCACCUAAUUAUAAUCUCCAUGAAACCAUCCUUUGCAGAUUCUGAUAUUUAUUUUUCUCCAUCCAUGGACGAGAUGAUGACAGGAUUAAACUCAAUAGUAGAUAAUAUCAUUCUCAGUGUCCAGAAAAUACCAAGACCUGAGCAUCUUCUCUUCCAGAUGGUCGAUAACUUAGAAGUGAAAUAUAUUAGCAGUGUUCAGCUCCAUGAAGAGAUUGUUCUGUCUGCUAAAGCAAGAAUCCAGGCUGUGAUUGUAAGCAACUGUAACGGACCAAAUAGAUACUUCAAGGUUUAUGAGCCGUACAAAUAUCUUUUGUCUCUAGAAACUGAGAUAACAUUUCAGAAAUAUGCCAACAAAGAACCUCUCCUUCUUAGAGACUGCAGAAGGGAGCUUGACAGACUGAAGAAAAUAGCCGAUGACUUGGCCUCUUUGCCUGUCUUCAUACCCAUGGAACUACUGUUGCUGAACUGCUCUGAGAUCACUCAAUGCAUGAUGGAUCGUUCCCGCCAGCUGGCUAAUAUCAUAAUUAACAAAGUUGCAACCGUGUCUGAAAAGUUUAAUCGAAACAUUUGCAAAAUGUAUGAUGCCAUUGUUACAAGGAUCACCAGUAUUUUGGAAUCUACAUCUGCACUGGUGCAGCUUCAGAAUUAUGUAGACAAGCUGAGGAGUGGUGAACUCAUUAAGAUAAAGGAAGAACUUGAAGCUGCUGCCGAAAACCUUAUGUUUCUGAUAGACUAUGCAAUCCUUUCUAAAGAGGAUAUUAUUCUUAGUGGAAAUACAUUUUCCUGGCCGCAAAGGAUUAUCCCUAUAAUCAAAAACAGUGAAACACGACUGCAAAAAGAACAUGAUGCUGCUGUGUCAAAACUCGCUCAGUGGCAGAAUGAUUUUAGAAAACGCAUUGCUGAAGUGGCCGAGGCUGUAAAGGAAUUUAAUAAGAAAGAUCGAACAUCUGAAGCGCACAUUUACAAGGAAAGGUUGGAUGAAAUAAACAGAAAAAUAAAAGACUUUAUGGAUGAGAAAGCUUUAAUCAACCAGGAAGAAAUACUUCUUGAGACUGGACAGAUCAGCCAAUAUCCAGAAAUUCAGGAUAUUAUCCGAAGCAAGGAGCCCUUUGACCGACUGUGGACAACUGCUGCCCAUUUCAACACACGCUAUAACCAAUGGUUGAAUGGACCACUCUUGCAGGUUAAUGCAGAAGAAGUGGAAGAGGAGGUUCAGAAUUUAUGGAAGAUCGGCUACAAGCUGACAAAGGCAUUCUAUCAUCCUGACUUACACGGGCCAAUGAAAGUAGCAACUGCCAUCAAAACAAAGCUUGAAAAGUUCAAAAUCAACCUACCACUGAUAAAUGCUCUCUGCACACCUGGGAUUAAACAAAGGCACUGGGAGCUGAUGAGUCAAAAGGCUGGAGUCAGCAUUAAGCCUCUUGAAAACACAACACUAAUGGAUGUUUUACACAUUGGCCUUGAAAAGCAUUUGGAUGAGUUAACCCAAAUCAGUGCCCAAGCCAGCAAGGAAUAUGCCUUGGAAAAAGCACUGAGUAAGAUGAAGAAAGACUGGCUAGAGGUUUCUUUUAACUUUUCCCCCUAUAAAGACUGUGGCAUCUGUGUCCUUGCAGCAGUGGAUGAUAUUCAGAUUUUGCUAGAGGACCACACUGUGAAAACUACAGCAAUGAAAAGUUCUCCAUUUAUUGCUCCCUUUGAACAAGAAAUAUUAGCUUGGGAGGCUAAACUGUGGCUGAUGCAUGACAUUCUGGAAACUUGGCUACGGGUACAAAUGGGCUGGCUUUACCUGGAACCCAUUUUUGGAUCUGAAGACAUACGUAACCAGAUUCCAGUAGAGGGACAGCACUUUGAAACUGUUGACAGGAUCUGGAGGCUAAUAAUGAAGGAGUCGGUGAAGGUGGCGAAUGCCAUGCGGGUUAUCUCACGGCCCCAGAUGCUGGAUAAGUUGAAGGAAGCAGCAUCACUUUUAGAUGACAUUCAGAAAGGCCUCAAUGACUAUCUGGAAACAAAAAGGUUAUUCUUUCCAAGGUUCUUCUUUCUUUCCAAUGAUGAGCUGUUAGAAAUUCUGUCUGAGACAAAGGACCCUUUGAGAGUACAACCUCAUCUGAAGAAAUGCUUUGAAGGAAUUGCUAAACUUACUUUUAAUGAUGAAAAAGAGAUUACCCACAUGGAAUCAGCAGAACAUGAGAGGGUUCAGCUCGUGCAGCGAAUCAUUCCAGCCCAGGCUAAGGGAUUAGUCGAGAAAUGGCUUCAUGAGGUUGAAAAAAUGAUGAAGAAAUCUUUACAGGAAGUAAUGUUUCAGUCAAUUAAUGCUUAUCCAGAAACUCUGAGGAAAAGCUGGGUGUUACAGUGGCCUGGACAGGUUGUCCUAGCUUCUAAUAUUAUAUACUGGACUAUGGAGGUUUCUCAGGCUAUUACUCUGAAAGGUGGACUCCAAGCCUAUCUGCAGACAAGCAACAGACAAAUUGAAGAUAUUGUCAAGCUGGUGAGAGGCACGCUGACCAAAAUGGAGCGUAUUACUCUUGGGGCACUCAUCACCAUCGACAUUCAUGCUCACGAUGUUGUCACAAAGUUAAACAAACUUGGAAUUUGCAGCACUUCUGACUUUAAUUGGAUCGCACAGCUGAGAUACUACUGGGAAGAACACAGUGUAACUGUAAGAAUGAUAACAACUGCAGUGUCUUAUGGAUACGAAUAUUUGGGAAAUACAGGACGACUUGUUAUAACACCUCUCACUGACAGAUGUUACAGGACUCUUAUGGGAGCUUUGCAGCUGAACCUUGGAGGUGCACCUGAGGGACCAGCAGGAACAGGGAAGACAGAGACUUGUAAAGAUUUAGCUAAGGCUGUAGCUAAACAGUGUGUUGUAUUUAACUGUUCAGAUGGAUUGGAUUACAAAGCCAUGGGGAAAUUCUUCAAAGGACUUGCACAAGCAGGAGCCUGGGCAUGCUUUGAUGAAUUUAAUCGCAUCGAGCUAGAGGUACUGUCAGUUGUAGCCCAGCAGAUUCAAACUAUCCAACGUGCUGUAUCAGAGCAGGUCCAAACAUUCAUCUUCGAAGGUGCUGAGAUCUCACUUAACCCAUCAUGCACUGUGUUUAUAACAAUGAACCCUGGGUAUGCUGGGAGAGCUGAACUGCCAGACAACCUAAAGGUACUGUUCCGUACAGUCGCCAUGAUGGUUCCAGAUUAUGCACUGAUUGCUGAAAUUUCUCUGUAUUCAAUGGGAUUUGUUGAGGCCCGGAACUUAGCUGCCAAAAUAGUGGCCACAUACAGACUGUGCUCAGAACAACUCUCAUCUCAGCACCACUAUGACUACGGUAUGAGAGCAGUAAAAUCAGUGCUGACAGCAGCUGGAAAUCUUAAGGUGAAGUUCCCAGAGGAAGAAGAAGAAGUUCUGAUGCUUAGAUCUAUCACUGAUGUCAACCUGCCAAAGUUUCUAUCCCAUGACAUUCCUCUGUUUGAUAGCAUCAUUUCAGACCUCUUCCCAGGGGUCAUUUUGCCAGCUGCAGACCAUGGCAACUUGGAGGUCUUCAUCAGAGAAUUCAUCAAAAGGAUGAAUCUACAGCCAGCUCUCUGGUUCAUCAACAAGAUAAUACAGAUUUAUGAAAUGAUGCAAGUUCGACAUGGCUUUAUGCUUGUUGGUGGCCCACUGGGAGGAAAAACAUGUGCUUUGAAGGUACUGGCUGGAGUUCUUGAAAUGCUAGAAGACAAGGCUCUGAUGGAUGAGCACAGAGUGGAUUAUAUUUUUAUCAACCCAAAAGCUAUUACAAUGGGCGAGCUCUAUGGUUACUUUGAUCCUGUGUCCCAUGAAUGGAGUGAUGGUAUUCUGGCAAAUAUUUUUCGAGAACAUUCAAGUAGUUUAACCAAAAACAGAAAAUGGUGCAUUUUUGAUGGACCCGUUGAUGCUGUUUGGGUAGAGAAUAUGAACACAGUUCUAGAUGACAACAAGAAGCUCUGCUUAAUGAGUGGUGAGAUUAUUCAGAUGAGCUCUCAGCAGAACAUGAUUUUUGAGGUCUUGGAUUUAGAACAAGCAUCACCUGCUACUGUCAGUAGGUGUGGAAUGAUAUAUAUGGAGCCAAUGGAUUUGGGAUGGGAACCAUUGUUUUGCUCCUGGUUAGAAACAAAACUGCCCGAACAACUGACAGUAGAACACAAGCACAUUAUAAAGAUGUUGUGUAACUGGCUAAUUCCACCUUGUUUGGCAUUUGUUCAGAAGAGGUGCAAGUUUGUGGUUCAGACUUCUCCUAUGCACUUAACCAUCUCCAUGUUAACACUCUACGAAUGCCUACUGGGUGACAUCAGGAUGCUUGAAAGUACAGUUGGCGAAGAAGGAGUGAAUCUUCAUACAUCAGACACAACAAGCAAACAUAUGUUUUCUGUAAUGAAACAAAAGUCAGAAGAGGUUACAAGUCUUAUAGUAGCCUAUGCUUUUUUUUCUAUAAUAUGGUCAAUUGGGGGAAUUUUGGACUCUUCCUCAAAACAUCAUUUCAGUGAAUUCUUGAGAAACCUCUGUGAUCAAGACACAAAAUACCCACAGCCAAAGGAUCUUAAAUUCCCUCGGGCACUACUAAUUCCUAAAAAAGGAAGAGUCUAUGACUUUGUCUACCUUCAGAAACAUUUUUCUUCAUGGUGCAUGUGGAAGGACUUGGUGUCCUCUGUGAAUAUUGACGACAGCAUGCAGCUGAAUGACUUUAUUGUGAGUACCCCAGAGACAGUCCUGCAAAUCUACUUUCUGGAGAAGUUGCUGCUUCAGGAUAAGCCAUUACUGUUUGUCGGCCCCACAGGCACUGGAAAGACAGCUAUUACAAAUAGUUUUCUGCAGCACUUACCUCAUGAAAAAUAUGUUAUAUGUCAAAUUAACUACUCAGCACAGACCUCGGCUAAUCAGACCCAGGGCAUCAUCCUAACAAAACUUGAAAGAAAACGGAAAGGCAUUUAUGGAGCCCCAGCAAGAAAGAAGGUGUUUGUUUUUGUUGAUGACCUUAACAUGCCUGCCAAGGAGAAAUAUGGUGCCCAGCCUCCCAUUGAACUGCUGCGGCAAUGGAUUGACCACGGCUAUUGGUUUGACAGGAAUGAUACCAGCAAGGUACAUAUUCAAGACACAUCCAUAGUUGUGGCCAUGUCACCCCCUAGUGGUGGACGGCAUGCAGUGACACCUCGCUUUCUUCGACAUUUCAACAUUAUUUCCAUCGAUGCCUUUAAUGAAGAAACAAUGAAAAGCAUCUUUCAGCCUGUGGUUGAUUACCAUUUCAGCAAGGGGUUUGAAACAUCACUCAGACGGUAUUCUCGAAUUUUUGUCUGGGCAACAACAGAUAUGUAUAGUCAAACUGUAGCGAAAUUUCUACCAACCCCCUCCAAACUACAUUAUGCCUUCAAUCUAAGAGACUUCUCCAGAGUUAUACAGGGGCUAAUGCUAUUGAAGUGUGAACAGGUUCCUCCAGGCAAUGAGGGGGCUUUUAAAUUGGCAAGACUUUGGAUUCAUGAAGUCUACCGUGUAUUUUCUGACAGACUGGUGGACAAUGAAGACAGAAAGUCAUUUUUUCAGAUUAUCAAGAAUGUUGUACAAACGCACUUUAAGGAAAAACUGAAUAACUUGUUCAGCUAUAUGGUCAUUGGCAGAGAAGUCCAGGAGGAUGACAUGCGGAAUCUCUUCUUUGGUGAUUACAUGACAGUGAAAACUAAUGAAAAGGCAUACAAAGCCUACAAUGAAAUUAGUGAUAUGAAUGCACUGAAGAUGGCUAUUGAAUGUUACCUUGAUGAAUUCAAUACAGCUAGCAAGGCUCCUAUGGAUCUAGUGAUGUUUCAGUUUGCAAUUGAACACAUCUCACGUAUUAGCAGAAUACUUAAACAACCCAGUGGACAUGCCCUUUUAAUUGGUAUUGGGGGCAGUGGCCGACAGUCAUCAGCAAGACUUGCAGCAUUCAUGGCUGACAUGGAGCUCUUCCAAGUUAGUAUUCAAAAGUCCUACACAGUUGCUGAGUGGAAAGAUGAUCUAAAGAAGGUGCUUAAAGAAGUUGGUCUGAAUGGAAUCCAAACUGUGUUCCUAUUUGCCGAUCACCAAAUCAAGGAUGAAUCAUUUCUGGAAGAUAUCAAUAUGAUUCUAAACACCAGUGAUAUACCAACCCUUUUUGAUAAGGAAGAAAAACUUGAAAUCACAGAAAAGAUGAGGCAGCUUGUACCUAUAAAUCAUGAACAAUUAGAACUCACUCCAUUUAGCAUAUACAAUAAAUUUAAGGAAGGAAUCCAGAAAAAUUUACAUAUUGUACUUGCAUUCAGUCCUGCAGGAGACUCAUUUCGUAAUCGCCUGCGUCAGUUUCCAUCUCUCAUUAACUGCUGCACUGUUGACUGGUUCCAGGCCUGGCCCAAUGAUGCCCUUCAGAAGGUGGCUAAUCAUUUUCUUGAUGAUGUGGAGAUGACCCAAGAUAUCAGAAAUGAAGCUGUUAUUAUGUGUCAGCAUUUCCAUCAAAGUGUUGUAGCACUGUCGAAAAGGUUUUUCGACUCAUUGCAAUGGAGGACCUAUGUAACACCUACAUCCUACCUGGAACUUAUCAAAACUUUCAAGAAUCUCUUAGAAAAGAAAAGGCUUGAAUUGCUCACUAACAAAAAUCGAUACAUUGUUGGCCUUGAAAAACUGGACUUUGCUGCAUCACAGAUAGCUAUCAUGCAGCAAGAAAUGACAGAGCUGAAACCACUGCUGAUUGAACGGAGCUCUGAAACAGAGGAACUUGUAAACAUCAUCGGAGAAGAGACACUGGAAGUAGAGGUUGUGAAAAUGGUUGUAGAGGCCGAUAAGGUGUCAGCAGAUGAAGCAGCAGAGGAAGCUAAAGCUAUUAAGGAAGAAUGUGAACAGAAGCUCAGUAUCGCCAUGCCUGCCCUGAAUGCUGCGAUUACAGCACUCGAUACUCUCAAAGCCAGUGACAUCACACUUCUGAAAACAAUGCAGAAUCCUCCUGCAGGAGUCCGUCUCACUCUGGCUGCCAUUUGCAUACUAAAGGGCAUUAAACCAGAGAAGAAAGUUGAUCCAAGUGGAAAGAGCACAGAUGAUUACUGGCCUUCUGCCAAGAAGAUGCUCGGUGAUAUGAAAUUUUUAGAUUCACUCAAGGACUUUGACAAAGACAACAUUCCUCCCAAAGUAAUUGCUCAUAUAAGAAGGGAUUUUAUUAAUAAUCCUGAAUUCCAGCCAGCUGUUAUCAAGAAUGUUUCUUCAGCCUGCGAAGGCCUCUGCAGCUGGGUCAGAGCCAUUGAAGUGUACGAUAAAGUUGCCAAGAUUGUGGCCCCUAAACGCCAGCGUCUGGAAGCAGCUGAAGCAGAGCUAGACAUUCAAAUGGCAAAGCUGAGCAAAAAGCAAGUUGAACUUCAUGAGGUGAGCACAAAGCUCCAACAUCUGCAGGACCAGCUGGCUCAGAAACUCCUGGAAAAACAUAUGCUAGAAAAGAACAUAGAGCAGACAAAGGUCAAAUUACAGCGAGCUGAAAAGCUGAUCAGUAGACUUGGAGGAGAAAAGGAACGCUGGACCCAGACAGCUAAGCAGCUGGAAGAUACCUAUCAUAACAUUGUUGGCGAUGUAUUACUAAGUGCUGGUAUUGUGGCCUAUUUGGGUCCUUUCACUCCAGAAUUCAGACAGGAAGUCCUCAAAGAAUGGUUUAAUAUGUGCAAAGACAAACAAAUUCCUGUAUCCAGGAACUUCUCCUUGUUGACCACCUUAGGAGAUCCAGUGAAGAUCAUGGAAUGGCAGCUCCAUGGGCUCCCUAGAGACAUCUUUUCUGUGGAGAAUGCCAUCAUUGUGACCUCUGCCAGACGAUGGCCACUCAUGGUUGACCCACAAGGUCAGGCUAACAAAUGGAUUAAAAACAUGGAAAAAGUCAACAAGUUGUAUGUCUGUAAGGCUACUGACCCUGACUACACAAGAACACUAGGCAACUGUAUCCAGUUUGGAAACCCAGUACUAAUUGAAAACAUUUCUGAAGAGCUUGAUCCAAUUUUGGAGUCAGUAAUGCUGAGGCAGACAUUUAAACAAAGUGGUGUGGAGUACAUCUGCCUGGGAGAAGACAUUAUUCAAUACAGCAGGGACUUCAGACUCUACCUGACCACCCGCAUUCGGAAACCUCAUUAUUUGCCUGAAGUUUCUGUCAAGGUAACACUUCUUAACUUCAUGAUUACACCAAUAGGCCUGGAAGAUCAGUUGCUAGGUAUUGUUGCUGCAAAGGAAAAGCCUGAACUGGAAGAAAAAAAGAACAUACUGUAUCUGGAAGGAGCGAAAAACAGGAAGCAACUGAAAGAGAUCGAAGGACAAAUUUUGGAGGUGUUGUCAAUGUCACAGGGAAACAUUCUAGAAGAUGAACGUGCCAUUGACAUUUUGUCAUCCAGCAAGAAGCUUUCCCAGGAGAUUCAUGAAAAACAAGAAAUAACAACCACAACUGAAAGGGAAAUUGAUGAGACAAGAGAUGGAUACAGGCCUGUUGCAAACCACUCGAGUGUAUUGUUCUUUGUCAUCUCCAAUCUGGCGUACAUUGAUCCAAUGUAUCAGUAUUCUCUGGUGUGGUUUAUCAACUUGUACAUCAGUUCCAUUAUCAAUAGCCAGUCCUCUCCAUUGUUACAUGAGCGAAUAAGCAAUCUCAAUGAGCACGUCACAUUCAGUAUCUACCAACAUGUAUGUCAGUCACUAUUUGAGAAACACAAGAUGCUUUUCUCAGUUUUGCUCUGUGUGGGUCUACAGAAGAACAGAGGUCAGAUAAAAGAUGCUGAGUGGCGUUUCCUACUAACUGGUGGUGUUGCUUUAGAGAUUCCUUAUGCCAACCCAGCACCUGCCUGGUUGUCUGAUAAGUCAUGGGGAGAACUGGUUUAUCUGUCACUCUUACCCACAUUCUCUGACUUGAAGAAUCAUGUUUCUUUAAAUUCUCCUGAAUGGAAAAAGAUAUAUGAUUCAUCCCAACCAUAUGAACAAGAGCUACCUGACCCCUGGGAAGACAUCCUAAACAAUUUUCAAAAAUUACUUGUUGUUCGCUGCUUGCGACCUGAUAAGAUUCUCCCAGCUCUUCAGAAGUUUAUUAUUGAAAACUUGGGUGCAGUCUACAUUGAACCUCCAACGUUUGACCUCCAACACAUUUACAAGGACUCCAGCCACUCCACUCCACUUAUUUUUGUUCUCUCACCAGGAGCUGAUCCAAUGGCUUUGCUUAUGAAAUUUGCUGAAGAGCAAGGAAAGGGAGGAACAGGUCUUCAGACCAUAUCUCUUGGUCAACAACAAGGUCCAGUGGCCAGAAAGAUGAUUGAGAAGGCAUUAGAGGAAGGUACAUGGGUUGUGCUACAGAACUGUCAUCUAGCAACUAGCUGGCUACCUGAACUGGAGUAUAUUUGUGAAGAGGUUAUUACAGACAGUGAAAAGAUCAACCCAGAGUUCCGUCUCUGGCUGACUAGCUACCCCUCUGGUGACUUUCCUGUUUCAGUACUGCAGAAUGCCAUAAAAAUGACCAAUGAACCACCCAAAGGUCUACGAGCAAACCUUUUAAGGUCCUACCUGAAUGAUCCCAUCUCAGAUCCACAGUUCUUUAAUGGUUGCAAUAAACCAAAGGUUUGGAAGAAACUUCUCUUUGGGCUAUGCUUCUUCCAUGCCCUUGUCCAGGAAAGAAGAAUGUUUGGAUCACUCGGCUGGAACAUUCCUUAUGAAUUCAAUGAGUCAGAUCUUAGAAUCAGUGCAAGACAGGUCCAGAUGUUCCUUAAUGACUAUGACCAAGUCCCUCUGGAGGCCCUAACCUACCUCACAGGAGAGUGUAAUUAUGGUGGAAGAGUAACUGAUGACUAUGACAGACGUCUUCUUUUAAGCCUCUUGGCAACCUUUUACAAUGAACGCAUCAUCACAGAUGACAACUAUGUAUUUUCCAGCAGUGGUAUUUACUUUGCUCCGAGAAAAGGCAGCUAUGAAAGCUAUUUAGAGUACAUUAAAAGCUUACCUCUCAAUGCAGACCCUGAGGUAUUUGGGCUACAUGACAAUGGAAGCAUCACAAAAGAACAAAAAGAGACUCGGGAACUGUUUGAUGGAAUUCUGACAACUUUGCCUAGGGAGGCAAGCGGAGUUGGGAAAUCAACAUCAGAAAUUGUACAAGAUCUCGCUGCUGAUAUUUUGUCAAAAAUCCCACCAGAGUUCAGCAUAGAAGAUGUUAUGAAUAAAUACCCUAUGCAGUACAAUGAAUCAAUGAACACCGUACUUGUUCAGGAACUGCUCCGUUUUAAUCAGCUAACAUCGACCAUUAAAUCCAGCUUGGAAGACAUGAAUAAAGCAGUCCAUGGUCUGCACGUACUGUCUCAUGAGCUGGAAGAGAUGAGCAACAGUAUGAUUGUUGGCAAGGUACCAUCCAAAUGGUCAAAGAAGUCUUAUCCUUCAUUAAAACCUUUAGGCAGCUACAUCAAUGACCUUCUUUCCAGAUUAUCAUUCUUUAAGAGAUGGGUUGAUAAUGGAAACCCGGAUGUCUUCUGGAUCUCAGGUUUCUAUUUUACUCAGUGUUUCCUGACAGGAGCUUUGCAGAACUAUGCCAGGACAUAUAAGAUUCCAAUUGACAAUCUUGGGUUCCAGUUUGAUGUUAUUGAUUAUGAAACAGCCAAGCCAGCAUCACCAACAGAUGGUGUCUACAUAGAAGGCCUUUACAUUGAGGGUGCUCGAUGGGAUCGUAAAAAGCAUGCACUUGGAGAAUCUAUACCCAAAGUGCUGUUUGAGAGCAUGCCAGUUAUAUGGCUGAAGCCAAGUGAAAAAUCCUGUUUCAAAGAAGGGCUGGCUACAUAUGGAUGCCCAGUUUACAAAACAAGUGCACGGAGAGGAAUGCUUUCCACCACAGGCCAUUCCACGAACUACGUUCUCAACAUUGCUCUACCCACAGACAAACCACAGAACCACUGGGUGAAUCGAGGAGUUGCCUGCCUUUGUCAGCUGGAUAGUUAAUGCUGUGGUUGUGCAAACCGUUGUUCAGACAUGAAUCAGAACAAGGGUAUCUCUAGUCUGCAAUAUUGACAACUUUUGGCAAACAAAACAAAACUGAUGUUAGCAUUAUAGAGUAGAAGAAUUAAUGAACAGCUACACACUAUUUAAAUAAUUAGGUUACAAAUUUAAACUAUAUAUGGUGCUAUAAAUAUGAAAGUAAAUUAAUAUUUUAUUGAUAGCUGACAUGUUGAAUUGUCAGUGAAUUAUGAACCCAAAAUGUUAAUUUAAGACUCAUAAUCCUUGUUUGAUGAAAUAAUAUUGAUCUUAUUGAUAUCCAUGCCUUUCUUGUAAUUUAAUCAGAAUGUGUGCAAUGUUGUUUUUUUGUUUUUUUUUUUUUACAUUCUUCAUAAGCUUAGAUAUUUACUUCCAGUAACUGAAAAUGCAUGCUGCUUUUAGGGAACAUACUGAGGUCAAAGGCAGUCUGGAGAUUCAAACUGGUAUUGCAGUGCUAUAAACACAAGAGAAAAGCAAAGAUGAAAAUCACAACGUAAUUUGCUUGGCAGAGUUUGAGAAGUGAAAUCAAAUUCAGUACAGUGGUUUUAUAUUUACUGUAAUUUUACUGUAAUGUUUGUUGAUUUACUAUCCAGUAAUUUCUCUAGGAAAUAUAGAAACUGGAUUUAAAAUAAAACAUGCAAAAUAAUGGAAUGUCAUUUACAGAAAAGGACAAUCCACUUUACGACUUUUUUCCCAAAAGUUAACUGUAGCACUGGUUACAGUGAACAGAGACAUCCAGUUGCUUUUCCUUACCUUAGCUUUGCAGUAUUACAUGUUGUAGAGAAUAACUGCCCCCUGGAUAUCUGAAUGUAUUUUUUCACAGAGAGGACUGUGGAUGGACUGUACUAUCAAGCAAAUAUAAUGUAAUGUACUGUUGGUCUAUUUAAUGGCUAUAUUUAAGAUGUUAACAAAGAUGGCUUUUAUGAACAAGAAACAUUUCAAAGGAUGCCUACCCCAACAGCAAUCCAGCUUCUGGUUCACAACUUUGGAUUACUUUUUUUUUUGCUGUAGAAGUUCAUACAGAUGAAAUGGUAUCAUCUGACUUUGGCAGUGAUUGUAUAUUCAUUUUUGUGCAGUACUAAGCCUCUUCCUCAUAGUAGUUUUGUACCUUGCAAAUAAAAUUAUGAUUUCAAAUUGUU